GUUCUGUGUUUUUUGCUGUCAACUUUCAGCUUUUCCUGUUGUGCAUCUAUUUCUCAAUUUAAAAUUAGUUUUUAUACAUUUGUAUUACAAUUUAUCGCACAGUACAUUUGCAAAGUACGUAUUAUUAAAUAGCAAAGUUGUGCAACGGCGUAGCUCAAAAGGAUACGAUUUUCUGUCAAGGAUUUUCAAAAAAGAAAGUAGCGCUUGCGUAAUGCAUUGUUUUGGAGAACGGUAAUGGAUACGUAAAAUUUAGGAAAUCCACAAUUUUGAAAAUUAGUAAUACAUUCAUAACAGAACGAAAGAAACAACACUGAAAAGCAGUCAUGUCGGACCAACAACAGUUUUUCUUAAAAUGGAACGAUUUUCAAAGCAACAUGGUGUCAUCCUUCCGGCAUUUAAGGGAUGAAAAGAGCUUCACUGAUGUAACAUUGGCAUGUGAAGGACAGACAUGUAAAGCACAUAAAAUGGUAUUAUCAGCAUGUAGUCCUUACUUCAAGAGCCUAUUGGAGGAAAAUCCAUCCAAACACCCAAUCAUAAUCCUCAAAGAUGUGGCGUACAGCCAUCUACAAGCAAUCCUGGAAUUUAUGUACGCUGGCGAAGUGAACGUGAGCCAAGAACAGUUGCCUGCUUUUUUAAAGACAGCUGACAGACUUAAAGUGAAGGGCCUUGCAGAAGCCCCUCAAGCAAUCAAGAGGGAAUAAGUGCAUUGUUGAUUAUGAUUCUUAGAUAGACCAACUUUCUUGCAUUCACUGUAUUCACAGAGCUUGAAUGACUGAGAUAUCCAAAAAAUCCUCAUUGAAGAUAAAUUGGAAACAAGGAUAUCAUUUUAAAAUGUAAUGAUGAAAACAAAAUUUAUAUUGGGUCUACAUCGUCUGUAUUAAUCAAUGAUACGUCUACAACUCAUGUUUUGGUGUUGCAACUGAUUUGCAAUAAACGGUUUUUAGUUUAUACAGGGUGCGGAACAAAGGUCGGACGGUUGUUAAAAAAUCACAAAAUCUGUCAUUUUUAGCGUUUGUCACAAUUAAGUGCGGAAAAUCACAUCAGUCAUGUGGUUACUGUUUUUGACGAUGCAUUGCUAGAGUCGUCGAUGGAAGUUCGCGUAGACUCUCUCCAACAUCGUUCUCUCAACUUGAGCGACUUCCUCGCGCAUCGCCUUCUUGCGCAUUGCCUCCUUGAACUCGUCCAGGGUUCGGGGCCUGUGCUGGUACAUGGUGUCUCCAUAGGAAAAAAUCGCAGAUGGAUAAAUCUGGGGACCGAGGAGACUAAUGUACAUGGAAAUAAGGCGACCACGGAAGAGUGGGCGAAUAACGUUUAUCGUUGCUCUGGCUGUGAGGGCGCCCGAAUAGGCGGAUGGUGCUAGGUUGGUUCAAAAACAUCCGUCCUUUGUAGUAGGCAGAUACUAUUCUGUAAAGUAAAUGGCUCGAUCAUAAUUUUGAGAGGUUUCUUGGUGUAAAAAUCUUUGUGUUGAUUGCUCGUGAGUAUGGUGAAUAAUUGCAAUUUUCUGCAUAUUACGAUAAAUCAAUUUUAGUUGUAAAUUUGAUUGGGCAGCUUAAGGUGUUUGGAAGAGCUGAUCUUUUCGUUUUGUACGAUGCAGAAAUUAUUUGGUAGUGUUUUUCCAAAUUAAGGUAUUCGUUUUUUCAUACAAAAGUGUGUUCAUAUUAACUGUUCAGACCAAGAUACUCGUUGACAUGGUGAGAAGUGUAUCUAAGACAAAAUGCACAUCUGCUGAAAAAUGUUGAGUAUGAGACCUAAGCCAGUCCUGUUAUUUUUUACAAUAUUGCAAUUCUAUGGCUACAAAAAGGAAGUAGUUUUAUUGUUCAAUUUCAAAUGAACAAUAGGGGCAAAAAAGUGAGGUUUGUACAUUUAGUAGGUGUGAGAGAAAACACGAUUUUUGAGUUAAUUGAAAUUGGAAUUUUUUCGAAGAAAAUUUUCAAACUGAAAAGUAUUAUACAGGGUGUCCGCAAAGUUGGAGUUUUCCUUUUCAGAAACAACUACCCUUGAAAUAACAAAGGUAAUGUGUAGUGAAACGAGGGCGACCAAGUAAAAAAAAAUAAAGGAAAAAGUACUCACUCUCCAGUUGACGAGAAGGGCUAAGUACGUCUCUGCCCGAAAUCAUACCGCUCCAACAGAAAAUGAAAUCAGCUGAUGCAGACGCAGAAACCACAUUGAUUGUCUUACACUUAAUGGCACAUCUUCUAACAAGGAAGGCAAAAUGUUGCGUAAAAAGUCUAGGUAUUGCAUCCCGUCCAAUCGAUUUGGGAGAAUAAAUGGUCCAAUGAGCAUACCGUUCACCAUGCCAGCCCAAACGUUCACCGAAAAUGUUUGUUGAAAAUGUGCCCGACGGACAGCGUGCGGAUUUUCUACUGAUCAAACAUGAGUGUUGCAGAAGUUAUUCACCCCAUAACGCGUGAACGUAGAUUCGUCUGUCACCAAUAUGCACUUCAAAAAGUCCGGAUUAUUGUCAUGUUGAUGCAACAACCACUCACAAAACCGCACGCUUGCUGGAAAAUCGUCAGGUUGAAGGGUUUGUACUCGUUGGACGUGAAAUGGAUACAGCCCCUCUUCACGCAGCGUUUGCCACACUUUAGUUUUUGAUACUUGCACUUCUCUAGCCACGUCUCUAGUGCUUGUUGAGGGAUUCUCGUCUACGCGAUUACCUCUACAUGCGUGACCGUAACCGUCGGUUGUAGGUUGCAUACUCACUUGACACACUGACCCCGACCCAGUUCUGCCGUCGGGUUGAGACCUUGUACCAAUCGGUGAUGUCCCGGGUCGCGGCUACAGGACGGUAUUCAGAUAUUUUUGAUGUUGCAGAGCCCUUUAUCUCGGUUCCCUUAAGAUAUGGUACUAAGAAAAAUUGCUUAUGUUUUCAAGAUCUACACGUCUUGUAAAGGAAAACCCCAACUUUGCGGACACCCUGUAUUGAGAUACGGACCAUAGUGUUAAGUAUGUACCGUACAUUUAACAGACGAGUCUUUGAGUCUAAGUCAAAAAGUUUCUAAAUUCUUUGUUCUCAAGAUACAGGGUGUUAGAAUAUUAAAAAAUGGUUUUUCUUAAAUUUCCUAGAAUAUCCUUCACCUAACUUUGUUGUAAUUUCACGGUGGUAUUUAUAAUAUUAAGAAGCAAAUUCAUUGAGUCCAGUGGCGUCGCGAACGGGAACAACGAAUAUUUGUGAGAAAAAAAUGUACGCUACUGACUUUUUUUUUGGAAUUUUCUCGAAAACUAAGCAAGAUACGAAAAAAAUUCAAGAAGCAAAAAAGUUGUAUUUCUUUUUGCUCAAUCCAAAGAACAUAACGAAAAUUGCACAAAAGUCAGUGGCGUACAUUUUUUUGUCACACAUAUUCGUUCAGAUGCCGCUUGAGAACGAAUAAUUUGCGGACUCAAAAAUCGUCUGUUAAAUGUAUGGUACAUAAUUAACGUCCUGUAUAGGACAUUUUUUAUAUAAAAAAAAAAUUGUAAUUGAAAAAAACUCAAGGCACUAAACAUUUCAAACCAAAAUUUGGACAACUUCUAAUUUUUUUUCAUUUUCGAUUUGUCCACUCGGAAUGAAAGCUAUAUUACUAUCUUUUGAUAUUAUUUGGGCAAUAAUAUCUUGAUAAAUAUCCUGAUUCGGAUUUUUCGCAUAAUCCGCAUGUUGCCGUGACCAGAUUUGCGUCGAAAAGUUUUUUAAACAAAUUCAGCGUCGGCCAAAGUGCUUUAUGUUUUUUCUGGAAGAUUCUGAACAAAAAGGAGCUUCUCUAAAUUGAUGGUUUUCGAGAUAUGAGCGAUACAGUUUUUGGAGAUCGUUUAAAAAAUUGUUUAAUUAAUUUUUUACGCAAAUUUGGCCGUUUUUGAAUAAGAUUAUUCAAAAAAUCCAAAUCAGAACACGUUUCCCAUCAGACGCGAAGAAAUAGCCGCGACUAAGUGGGUUUGAAAGGGUGUUUAAAAUGUUAGAAAAUUUUGAGUUUAUUUUUAACGCACUGUUCCUUAAACAGAAGAUGGGUCAACAAUCAAUAUUCUUACCAUAUAUCUUCAUAAGCAGUUCGAAAUUUUGUUUCUGAUACACUUGAACAUUCUUGUUAUUAAAAAGGCUCUCCAUAACCACUACAACUUUUGUUCUAUGCAUCUAUAACGUAUUUAUUUCAAAGUAAUUUGGGUUUUCAGUAGUGAUCCUGAAGAUGUCGCUGAAGGAUAACGGUUAUGUCAUGCCGUGAGGUUAUUGCUUUUUUACGUAUACCAUAGUUGUAGAUAUGAAUCUAGUAAUGAAUAUCAGUAGAAUAUGUGGUCAGUAGACUCACUCUGGCUGAAGUUUGACAGACGGGUGGAUUUCACGCGCUCACAAAGCAGCAAAUAAUCACCAUUAUAUAUGGAGCUAUCGACGCGCGAACAUUUAUUUGACGUUUCUCUGCUUUUUGCUUAUUUCAGCCCAUAGUGGAAAUAUGGUAUGGGUUGUUUGAACAUUCUGAAAUAUAUGCAACCAGGAUGUCUUCUAUGGUUGCAUAUUUGCUAACAACACUUUGUAGCUAGAAUAUAUCUGAUCCGUACUAGGUUCCACUUUUUUCCAUUCGGUUCUCAUUUAGUGUAGCUUCUGGUUUACAUAUUCUGUGAUAACAUUGAUCUGUCGAGUAGUACUGAUGAAUGGAACAAUCGAUUUAAAUUCUUAGUGGUAUGUUGCAAAUGAAAGGUGUAAUUGGUUAUGGAUUGUCGAUAGUUUGUUUUACAGAUACACAAUCUAAAUAUUUUUUUAACAGUUGGUAAUUUUUGCAAGUGAAUAGGGAUCAUCCAGAAUUUCAACGUAUACAUUCAAUCUAAUUUGAUUUAGAAGAUGCCUUAACGAAGUUUUGGAAAAUCCUUGAAUAUACAUGGACUGUAAAGAUAUAUUUCUACAUAGUAAUUUUUCUACUCAAGUAAUUUUAUGGAAUACUGUUUUGCAAUUUUUAUCAGUACUUUUUUUAUGAUUUAAGAUGAUUAUUAUUAUUGUAUAAGGAGAUAGAUAUUUUAUAUUUUUAUAGCAUUUUCAUUUUUUACCAUGUUGUUACCAAUAUUUUCAUCCACAGUUGGUUUACUUUCUUACAGGUUUAUUAUUUUUCAAUUCAAUAUAAGAUUAGUUAUAAAAACGAAACGUGUGUUUUGAAUUUUU